ACGAGUUCAGUACAUUCACAGUGGUAGUGGUUCCGGUCGCGACACGAUCCAGUUCAACAUUUCAUCACCUCACAGCACCAAAGGACCAUAUACACUCUAUGUGGAGAUUUACGAGCACCACGUAUCUCUAACCUCUUCAUUGCUGAACGUUGUCGCCGGUGGUUCGACAGUAAUCUCAAGUACUGUACUGAAUGUGACGUCAUCGGAUAGGGAAGAUUAUGUGGUGAAUGUGGUGGAAAAGCCGAAUUACGGCUGGAUUGUGCUGGACUCAUGGAGCACCAACAACAUCACCUCCAUAGAUUCGUUCAGUUGGUGCGGACAUCUUCGUGAACGUCGUGUGGUGUAA